GCACUCAGUCAGUGUUCCUGCUGAGCUCCACAAAGUGUCACAAUAUCGUCGCAACAAUAGCACGAGCGCAAUUUACGUCGCCGUCCAUUUCCUUCCAACAAACGCCCGACACCCGGUUCCCGGAACACCCCGACCAGUACUCGUAACCGUGUGUGUGUGUGUGUCCUGCUGUGUCGCGUCUCCAUCGUGCGAAAAGUGUCACAAAACGAUGUCCCACCCGCGGUGGUUGUUUGUAUCCGCAUUACUGCUCUGCGUGAAGUUGUGUUUCAGCGCGGAGCCGAUUGUGAUUGUCCAUGGUGGUGCGGGGACGGUGAGUAGCGACCGGAUACCGGGCAAGCUGCGCGGUGUUUCGAUGGCCGCCCAGGUCGGCUAUCAGGUGCUGGCCGGGAAUGGCAGCGUACUGGAUGCCGUCAUCGAGGCGAUCCGCGUGAUGGAGGUCGAUAGCAACUUCAACGCUGGCUACGGUUCCGUGCUCAACGCCGACGGUGAUGUCGAGAUGGAUGCGAGCAUUAUGGAUGGAGCGAACCGGGCCACGGGCAGCCUGAGCGGCAUCCGUGACCUACUGCAUCCGAUUCGGCUAGCGCGCGCCAUCAUGGAUCACUCGGGACACAAUUUCCUGGUCGGUGGCGGACUGCAGGCAUUCGCAAUCGAGCGUGGCUUCACCUUUCUCGAGCCACCGGGCCAGCUGGUGACGCAGUACGCCAAGGAUGCGCUCGAAGCGUGGAAGGCAUCGAACCGGAGUGAACGGCUUGGCGAGGGCGGUACGGUCGGUGCCGUUGCGAUGGAUCUGUACGGUAAUAUAGCGGCCGCUACGUCCACCGGUGGAACGACCGGGAAGCGGGUAGGCCGUGUCGGCGAUACACCGAUCAUCGGUUCCGGUACGUUCGCCGAUAAUCGUCUCGGUGGCAUUUCGGUAACGGGCGAUGGUGACAUCAUUAUGAAGGUUUGCCUGGCCUACGAUGUGCUCCGGACGGCGCAACUCACUGGCAGCUCGGUGCAGCUCGUCGCUGACCAGCUACUGGACGAGAUGGGCAACACGUUUGCCGGUAUGGGUGGACUGGUUGGCAUCGAUACUGCCGGUGAACCCGUGGUGGCCCACAAUUCCGUGCACAUGUCGUGGGCAUACCAACGGGGCAGCACCGUUGCCUACGGUGCGGAUAAGGAUGAUUUUAACAUUCUGCAACCGGCGACUGCAGGCCGGCAACAGGCACAUACCGACUUCUGACGUUGAUUGCAACAUUCCAUUCCAUGCGCAGUGGAAGGAGGAUUGCAAUGAUAACGUGAAAUCGUGAUGUGAUAAGAUGAAAGUACUUUUGCAUCGUUCGAGUAUUGAAUCCUGCUCAGUAGUAUCUAAUAGAAGUGUCAGAGAGUUACCUUAGUAACCGCAUAGAGUAGCCCUAGUAACCAUUCGAGAACGAACUGUCAAACUAUCGUCGAAAAAGAUCCGAAAAUAUGCUAGUUCCGAACUAUCGCCUUGCUAGUUGUACCUUGCAUCAUCAGGCAGCUCGUUUGAACAAACCUUCAAUGCCGCUAAUGAAUAGUCACUCCAAUCCUGAUUGCAACGCGCUACUAUCCGUCCGUAUUUUCCUCUUAAACGACACACGGCCGGCCGGUAAUUGUACGGUGACUUUACGGCUGAAUAGCAAUAAUUAGGAGCUCUCCACGGGAGCCCUCCUAUGCCCGUUCGACGGCGACUCUGUGCGGUCCUAGGGCGCAUUGACUGACUGGCUUCCGAUGCAAAUCGUUGGCAACCGUGCAUUCUGAUUGAUACUCGCGGACUCGACCCACGACCUCGACACACCGUUCGACCGCAAACCGAGUUUGCACUUCUUUCGGAAGGUGUUCCCCCCGAGGGAGGAUACUCUGCGUUCGUGAGCAACAUUCCAGCACCGCGGAUCGAUUGCGCUAGCCGAGAGGCUUCGGUCUGAUUAUCAAUCCAAACAACGUUCAUCACUGGACGGUAUUUGCUGCGUGUAUCAAUCGCAAAGUCUACAGCAGCAGCCCGAUGCCCUGUCGUCGUCCUGGAGAGCGG